AUGGCAUUGCGCGCAGCACCCACAGAUAAUUUCGACUGUUUCAGUCACAAAUGUGGCAAGGCAAAGCCAAUGAUAAAGAAGACAGAUUCAAAUAGCAACGGAAAAACUAGCAGUUCUUCCAAGUCCUCCGGAAAGAACUCUUCCAACUCAAACGAAGCUUCCUCGAGUGGUACGCCGCCAGCAAUCGUUGUCGUAAAUGCAGAACAGAGAGGACAUGUUACCUCCGACCAGAACCCACCACCUUCUCCAGGCUCUCACAAGUCUCACAAAACAGACGAACCACCCAAGAGUGGACCUAUAAGUCGGUUAAAGGGAACGCCAAAGGACGUCAUACCUAUUAGCAAAGUUCCCCGUCGACAGAGAUCAUCACGAUUCUACGUUACAGAGAAGGUUGAACUAGAGCCAUUGCCUAGCUUCCACGAGGUUGCGGCUGAUCGGAGACAAGGGCUUUUCAUUGAAAAGAUCCGGCAAUGCUAUGUAAUUUUUGACUUUAAUGAUGCUAGUGCUGACCUGAGAGGAAAGGAGAUUAAACGUCAAGCAUUAACGGAAAUGUUAGAUUACAUAACAAAAAAUCGGAAUGUCAUAACAGAACCGAUUUAUCCAGAAGUAGUUCAAAUGUUUGCUAUAAACCUUUUUAGGACUAUACCUCCGCAAGUUAACCCAAUAGGAGAUGCAUUCGAUCCUGAAGAGGACGAGCCAGUUCUUGAGCUUGCGUGGCCACACCUACAGAUCGUUUAUGAAUUCUUUCUACGGUUUAUAGAAUCGCCUGAUUUUAAUACUAAUGUUGCAAAGAAAUAUCUUGAUUCACAGUUCAUAUUGCAACUGCUGGAACUAUUUGACAGUGAAGACCCUCGAGAACGAGAUUUCUUAAAGACUACUCUACAUAGAAUUUAUGGCAAAUUCCUCGGCCUGCGCGCACUCAUACGCCGAUCAAUCAACAAUGUGUUUUUCCAAUUCAUAUAUGAGACUGAACGACACAAUGGUAUCGCCGAACUUCUCGAGAUUCUCGGCAGUAUCAUCAAUGGCUUCGCAUUGCCGCUAAAGGACGAACACAAAACUUUCCUGACAAAGGUGCUGAUACCGUUACACAAAGUAAAAUCUCUUUCACUGUAUCAUCCUCAACUUGCGUAUUGUGUGGUACAAUUCUUGGAAAAGGAUCCUUCAUUAACGGAAGAAGUUAUUUGUGGGUUAUUGCGAUAUUGGCCGAAAGUCAAUAGUCCGAAAGAAGUCAUGUUUUUGAAUGAAAUUGAAGAAAUAUUAGAUGUAAUAGAACCACAAGAAUUUGUCAAAAUUCAGGUCCCAUUAUUCCAGCAGAUUGCUCGCUGCGUAUCGAGCCCACAUUUUCAGGUUGCUGAACGAGCACUGUAUUAUUGGAACAACGAAUAUAUUGUGAAUCUUAUGGGAGAGAAUAUAAAUGAAAUUCUGCCAGUAAUGUUCCCAUCGCUCUAUCAAAAUUCAAAGUCACAUUGGAAUCGAACGAUUCAUGGGCUCAUAUAUAACGCAUUGAAGUUAUUUAUGGAAAUAAAUCCUGCGUUAUUUGAUGAAUGUACCGCACAUUAUAAACAGACACGCCAAAUGGAGAAGCAAAAAUUGAAAGAACGAGAAGAAUCGUGGCACAGGUUGGAAACGACGGCAGUCUCUAAUUCUCAAGGCUUGCCGCUCCCAUACAGCAUUGGACCGCAUCUUACGUCAUCAAAGACUGACGUAUCAAAAAUUGAUUAUAAUCGUGAGGAAGACCCACGGUCGAGCGAAGAAGAAUUUGACGAAAAUAUAGUAGAUGAGGAUUUGCAGGACGAUGAGCACGGAGAAAUGCAAUCAUUUGAUGGCCGACCGGCACAGUUCAGUUUAUUCCGCCGGAAGUCUAUCAUACCCGUUGAUGAAUCAGUACUAUCUGAAUUAUCUCUUCAUCGAAGUCUAGAUGACGUGCUCAGCGGACCGCCGGACAUGAGUUCUCAAAAUCCAACAUAA